GGGAAAUAUAUUUGCUGUUUCUCAUAAUGGAAGAACUGCCACUUGAUGAAACGACCAACAGCAGACUUAAAACCAGCCAGGAUGUGCUUUACAGGGGAUCAUCCUCAGGUGCAAACACCCUGACUGCAGAUGACCAAACACAGUCGGACCCAGCAGAGCACGCGAGCCUUGCCUCUGAAGAGACCAACCCAGGAGAGCAGCUGCCAGGAGAGGAGGCUUCAGCCACCAUCCUGGACGUGGAGGGGAACACAGAGUCUGUCAAUAAAAGGGAGGAGCCAGAGGGCACCGAGCCCCUGCCUGCAGGAGAGGAGGAGAGCUCUGAGCUGCCCUCUGUGUGGCGAGAGGAGAGCAGGGGGCCUUCACCGCCAGCACCAGGAGAAGAUACUGGGGCACCAUCUCCAGGAGCAGCAGAGGACAGUGGGCUGGCAGAGGGCAGUGACAGCUCUGUAGUGGAAGUCAUCGAGAAAGUACAUAUUACUGAAGAGGACCACCUCACUGAGGGUGAGACGGGAGAACAGGUGGAAACUGAGCUGCUCAGUGAGACAGUAAGUGAAGGGCCUGAAACAAAAGAAGAAGAAACAGGAGAAGCUGUGGAUAGUGCAGCAGCGACAGAGAUAGAGACAGCUAAUAACAAGGAAUAGAAGUUAUGUCUUAAUGAACAUCCUCUUCUUGCACCUGCUCUUCUGUUCACAUGAAUUUUUUAAAAUUUUAUUGGGCUGGGAAAAGAGAAAGGAUUUUAUGGAUUAAACCACAAGCUGCAGACGCAUGAACAGGAGGCAUCGGAAAUGGUUUUACAUAAUACAGAUUUUUUUGAGUCAAGCUGCCAAGACUUCAAGUGUUUGAAAUACCCAAACUUUUGUCUCCCUACCAGAGUGCCUUCUAUACACACCAGGAUAAUUUUUCAACAGCAGUAUGAUCAUUCCUUUUUCAAUUAGGAGUUUUUCCCAGGUUCUGAUAACUGACUUCAAAUCGUUGAAACCUUCAACCAACAUUACAUAGGAUAAAGAAUAGAGUGUAGCUUUUCUGUCUUUAAAUGAUUGUAUGUAGGCAGUUCCUCCAAGUGCCUGGAUUACCAAUGUAGGCAGAUGCUGAAGUGUACAGCAUGUAGAGGACUGGCAGAGGAAAGUGGUCAUUUACCAAGCUCUAACUCAAUGCAGAGGUGAGUUUCCAGAAAACAGAAGAUAACAGAGUGCAGUGUCCAGGACCCAGCUGUGCGGGUCCCCAUUUUUAAAUUCAAAUUUAUUGAAGGGAUUGUAAUACAAUAUAUGUGAUGACUUCUGCAGGAGCAGGGAGAAGAUGGCAUUUUUAACUGAGUAGGAUGUUUUAGUUGUAUAAAUCCUAGAAGAUAAUUUCACAGCUGUUAACAUUCAUGGUCAAUAAUAACCUGUCUUCAGCUGGCAGCUCUCCUCAUAUCCAUUUGUGGCUUCUAAAAUGGAUUUCUAAGAGAGAAAAUACAAACCUGUCUAAGAGACAAAUAUAAGCCUGUUCCCAAAGAAAAGGUUACCUAUUACAUAUUUAACUGUAGUGCUGCCCUCUUGGAAAAGUAUGCUAUCAGAGACUGUCUGGGUUAUUUUCCAAAAUGCUAAAUAAUUAUUUUGGAGAUGAAGCUGAAUGGCAAUAUUUUCAAACAAAUUUCCUGUGAAAACAGGCCCUGGAUAUGAUUUGUGCUUUGGGUCAGAUAAAGAGCAGA